UUUAAAUUAAUGUCAACCUGCCUCUGCUGGGAGAACAAACCCAGCACAGAUAGCGAAAGUACGUGCUCAGUGCAACCUGAGAGCCGCUCUACAGAUAUUAACAUGGCUCGGCGGCCGAGAAACAGUGUUUACAGUAGUGAGGAGGAUGAGGAGGAGAAUGAGAUGUAUGAACAUGACUAUGAUGGAUCAAUGGCCAAGGCAGGAAAACGCCACCUUGGCAAAACACGCUGGACACGAGAAGAGGAUGAGAAGUUGAAGAAACUUGUUGAGCUUCAUGGGUCAGAUGACUGGAAACUCAUUGCAAGCUUGCUAACUAAUCGUACAGAUGUGCAGUGCCAGCACAGGUGGCAGAAGGUUCUUAACCCAGAGCUCAUCAAAGGGCCUUGGACCAAAGAGGAGGACCAGAGGGUGAUUGAGCUGGUGCAGAAGUAUGGAGCCAAGCGCUGGUCGGUGAUUGCCAAGCACCUGAAGGGGCGUAUUGGAAAGCAGUGCCGCGAGCGCUGGCACAACCACCUGAACCCAGAGGUGAAGAAGACAUCAUGGACCGAGGAGGAGGACCGGAUCAUCUACCAGGCACACGAGAAGCUGGGCAACCGCUGGGCCGAAAUCGCUAAGCUGCUCCCUGGCAGGACUGACAACGCUAUAAAGAACCACUGGAACUCCACCAUGAGGCGAAAGGUGGAGCAGGAAGGCUAUCUUCAGAUUGCAUCAAAGAACGGCAACUCCUCGCUCUCCAUCAGCCAUGGAUACGUCAAGACCAACAAUCACAUCAUGGGUUUCCCCCACCAUUCGCCCAGUCACGCGCAGAUGUCUCCCUUGUCGCCACUCAACUACUACAUCUCCGACACACACAGAGUACAGUUACCCAUGGGGCUGCAUUUUAACAUCCGGAACAUUCCCCAGCAUGGAACCGCUGCUAUACAGAGACACUAUAAUGAGGAGGACCCUGAGAAGGAGCAGAGGGUGAAAGAGAUCGAACUGCUGCUCAUGUCAACAGAAGAUGAGCUGAGAGGGAAGCCAUCAUCAAUGCAUUUGCCCUAUCCAAGCUGGGCCAGCCAGGGAUCUUUGACCAACAUGUCCGAGGGUGUAAUGUUAUUACCUCACCACCAGGCAGCCGCCCCUGCCCUGCCUCUCGACCAGAGCUGCCUACCUGAGGAGAGCGCCUCUGCAACACGUGCCAACAGCAGGAACAAUAACAACAACAAUAACAACAGCAACAGCCAUCACGCCAGGCCGUCGUUCUCAAAUACUUUUCCAGAGUCCAUAGAAUGUGCCAUUGAUUCAAGCCUCUCCUCAGUGGAUGAGGCCACUACCAGUGGGCUCUUGGAUAGGAGCAGAACAGACAGGGUCUUCUCGCCCAAUCAGGGCUCAAGAACUGCUCACAGAGCAUUGGCUGGUUUCCUCUGCUCAACUCCCAAGCCUUCACCAGUCAGAAACCUUCCCUUUUCACCCUCACAGUUUCUCAACCAGUCAAUGAGCUCAGAACACUCAGACAACGACAGUUUACCGAUGAGCUCGCCCGUGGACUCCAAGCCUUUGAUCAACCACACUAUCCGGUCCCAGAAAGAGAGCGAAAUGUUCAGAACUCCAAACAUUCGUCGUACGAUCCUGGAGUCCUCCCCUUGUACACCUACGCCUUUCAAGUCAGCCCUGGCCAUGCAGGAGGCCAAGUACAGACCCGUCAAACUACUGAACUCCCUUUUGGAGCAGCACAUGAUAGAGUCUAUCAAGCAGGAGCCGAUGGAGUGUGCCAUUGAUCAGCCUCCUCUGAAAAAGAUAAAACAAGAGGUGGAGUCCCCAUGUGAGAGGAGCCCGUGUUUGCAGUGGGAAGGACAAGACCUUCACACACAGCUCUUCUCCCCAAACGGCCCCGCACAGGAAGUACCUGACCUACUUACUAGCUCAUUAUUGAGUGAAGGUGGUCACAAAACGUACCACCUCCCUCGCAGAGGCAUGGGCAGCCCACUACAGGUGUGUAUACGUUCUAUCAUAGUGCUGACACACACAUGUACACUCACAGGAAAAAGAUAA